AUGCGGAGGUUUUUGUUGGCGGUAAUCGUGUUGUCGGCGCACCGUCGGUGGGACGGAUGCGCCUACCCGACGUCUGCGGAGUCAGCUGCAGACGGGGAAUGCCGCGUGUCCGUACAGCGGUUCCGGUCAGUCGGCCUGUACGACACUCCGACGUCGCGGAUCGACCAAGGAGACAAUCUGAAAGUGUGUCAGUCGAGGAAGAGCUGUUGCAACGCCGCCACCGAGGCUCGAUUGAUAGACAUGGUGGACAGCGAAUACAAGAGACACCUGGCUGCUCAGGCCGGCUACGUUUAUGACCUGCUCAAUUCCACCGCCCAUCACUUGCAAGAUCACAUGACACACAUGAUCCGGAAGUCCAAGAGCAAAACGGUCCGGGUGCUGGCGGACGUGUACGCUAGCAUCGAAGGACCGGCCGCGGGUCCGUUGGACGCGUUCUACGGGCGGCUGUCGCGGUACGUGCACGAGGACCCGGAAACGACCCCGGCGACGAGCCUGGAGGACGCGGCUUCCCGGCUGUUCACCGACCUGUUUCCGGUCGUUUACCGGACGGUGGCCGCGGCGGCCGACAGACCAGACGGCGGCGCCACCGAGUUCGACGACGAUUACGUUCAGUGUCUAACCGGCAAAUCGUUCGAUGUUAAACCGUUCGGCGACGUGCCCUACACGCUGGCCAAGGACAUUUCUAGGACGUUCGCCGCCACCAAUGUACUCGUACACGCACUAAGAUACGGUGGCCAACUAGUGGACGAAGAGCACUCCCGGUCGUGGUUGGGCUACGGAAACAAGGAACAGUGUUCGGCGGCGCUCACCCGGAUGAGACAGUGCUCGUGGUGCGACGGCAAGGACGCAAAACCGUGUCACGGGCUGUGCGUGAACGUGAUCCGCGGGUGUCUGGCCAGGGAGACUGCGCACCUGGACGCGCCGUGGACCGGAUACUAUGAAGCCGUCGACCGGCUAGUGUCGGCCAUCAACAACGGUCAGUCGUCGGUGUGUCUGGAGGACCUGCUCAGAUCCCUGCACUCGAGGAUAUCCGAAGCCAUCAUGUACGCGAUGAACCACGCUUCCGAUAUACAAAACAACGUGAAAUACUUUUGCGGUCCCGCGAGGUGGAACACUCAUGCCCCGGCCACAGCUUCAUCGUCAGGCGCGGCCAAGACGCCAGAGAGCCAGGAAGUGUGGAACGUCGAAGAAGAGGACCUUAGCACCGCACUGCUCACUUCCAAGUUGACCAAGUUUUCUGACCCGGAAACCGCGGUCAGGGUACGGGGACUGUUCUCAGAUAUGGCACGGUCCAUGUGCACAAACUACACGACGACAGACUGCUGGAACGGCCGAUCUGUGGGAGAGUAUACGGACAACGUCGUCGGACCGUUGUUGAGCGCGCAAAUGUACAACCCGGAAUUCGAUUGGACGGCUUCCAUCAACUCCCAAGACAACAAAGUGGCGGAAGUCAUCGACAAGCUCAGGCACAUCAGACAAACGGUGUUGAACCAAUUGAGUUCGAGUCCACAAUCUGACUCGUUCAUGGCCGACGAGGCCGAAGGGUCCGGCGAAGGCAGUGGCGCCGCCAGGGGCAGUUGGGACGAUGAUGACGAUAACGCAGACUACUCAUCGGGCGACGGUUCCGGCGAGAACCCGAUCACCACUCAGUUGCCUAACGCCGACGAUUCACAAUUCAAACCGACUGAUAAAUCGGGACCGAAAUCGGGACCGGACGUGGUGAUAAACUCCAACGAACCUUCGGGCGCCGCACCAUCUACACGACUGCACGCACCCCUAUUGAUAACGGUGUGCUUGAUGGUCAUCCCCGCGUUGCAACAGCUGCAGACGAGGAUAUAUUUUUAA